GUACCCAGUUUACAGUUAGUUUCAUGACCAUACUUCUAGGCCUUCCAAAAGAGGUCAAAAACCAAGGAGCAUAAAAACAAUGGCCGGGAAUUGGUCCAUAAUUGUUAUUGUUGAGAUGAAGCUUUUCUACCGCUGUUCGACUACUGUAUGUACAUACGUACUUCCAAAAUCUAAGCAACCUGUAGUUUAUGUAGCCACUGCCGUCUACAGAUCUCAU